GCCAGUGACCUGCCGUGCAAAUUAUAAAUUGAGGCACAUAAGGUGUGACCACCCUUAAGAGUUGGUAAGCUCUUAAAUAUCAACACUUCCCUGUUUGUUGCGCGCUCGGUAAGCAGCAUUAAGAAGAUGCCUUGCCCGUUUCUGACCCGUUUGAGUACGAGCUACGUGCGGAACUAUGCGCCGGCUCUGCUGAAGGCGUACGGAGCGCAGUGUCCGGUUGUGCAACGCACCAUCUCGACGCUGCAGGGCUCAUCGCAGGCUGGAACUGGUGCGGCCGGUGCCGUAGAUUCGGCUCCUGCCGUCGGUAAGGAUGCCGGUCCGCUCGCGAAGGCGAACGAAGGAACGGUGGGCCAAUCGCGCCGCAACCUUAGCUCGCUGCAGCAACCGCAACCGGUGGUCGAUGGUGACCGUAAGGCCGAAGAAGCGCUACCUCCGACGGGCAAGAAGUGUCCGUUUCUGAGCACCGAAUCACCCCACGUGAAGAAGCUCGGUGUGGAGAGUGUGGAGGUGCCGACGGAGCGCACGUUCAAGUACGAGGACUUCUUCCACGACCAGAUCUUGCGCAAGAAAAAGGAUCACUCGUACCGGGUGUUCAAGAAGGUAAACCGUCUGGCUGCCGAGGGCCAGUUUCCACGAGCCCUCGAGUACUCGUGGGGCGAGCGGCCGAUUACGGUUUGGUGCUCCAACGACUAUCUGGGCAUGUCGUGCCAUCCGGAGGUGAAGCGCGCGGUUGCGACCGCGCUGGAAACGUACGGAACGGGUGCCGGCGGGACGCGCAACAUUUCGGGCAAUUCGAUGAACCACGAAAACCUGGAGAAGCGAUUGGCCGCGUUGCACCAGAAGGAAAGUGCGUUGCUCUUUACGUCCUGUUUUGUGGCGAACGAUUCGACGCUCUUUACGCUGGCCAAGGCACUGCCAGGGUGCCACAUCUUUUCGGACGCCGGCAAUCACGCCUCCAUGAUACAGGGCAUCCGGAACAGUGGCGUUCCGAAGCACAUCUUCCGCCACAACGACCCGAAGCAUCUGCGCGAGCUUCUGGAGCGCGUCGACAAGUCGUUGCCGAAAAUCGUUGCAUUUGAAACGGUGCAUUCCAUGACGGGAGCGGUCUGUCCGCUGGAGGAGCUGUGCGAGGUGGCGCACGAGUACGGUGCGCUCACGUUCGUCGACGAGGUGCACGCGGUCGGGCUCUACGGUGAGCACGGUGCAGGCAUCGGGGAGCGCGAGGGGCAACUGCACAACAUGGACAUCAUUUCCGGCACGCUGGGCAAGGCGUUCGGCAACGUGGGGGGCUACAUCGCCGGGACGGCACUGCUGGUCGAUAUGAUACGUUCGUACGCCGCGGGAUUCAUUUUUACCACUUCGCUGCCCCCGACGGUGCUCUGUGGGGCCCUGAAGGCGGUAGAUAUCCUGGCAUCGGAUGAGGGACGCGAGCUGCGCACACGGCACCAGGCGAACGUGCGCCACUUACGGCGCCGCCUGCAAGAGGAGGGCUUCCCGGUGGAGCACACGCCCAGCCACAUCAUUCCGGUGAAGAUCGGCAACCCGAAGCAGUGCACCGAGGUGUCGGACAUGAUGAUCCAGCGUUUCGGGCACUACGUGCAGGCCAUCAACUACCCGACGGUGGCGCGCGGUGAGGAGAAACUUCGGCUGGCUCCGACGCCUCACCAUACGCGCCCGAUGAUGGACGAGAUGGUGCGCGACCUGAAGGUCGUCUGGCAGGACCUCGGUAUGCCGCUGGGCGGCAAAUCGUGCCCGGAGGAGUGCGCAUUCUGCCGCAAGCCGCUGCUCUUCGAUCGCUACGAAUCCCGCACCCGAGGGGGUAGUGCUGGAGGAAGUUGUGCCGCAGAAAUCCACUGCCAGAUACCGAACUGUCCGCAAAUUGCUGCCAUGGCCAAUUGAGGCACGUUCGGAAUUGCACGGCCGAAAGAGAAGGUCGUCGGUGGUGGUGGUGUUCUCUAAAAAUCGCGGCCACUUUCUCGCUACUGUACUGGUCCGCGGUCCCUUCUUCGGUGUUAGCAAAACAAUGAAAUCAAUGCAUGUGUGUCUCCUGUGACAAUAGCAUAUCGUUCGAAAGUGGUAUCAUGUUUGAAGGAAUCGAAAGUUUUUUUUGUAAUCUCGGUGGAUUACCCGUCCGCCGGCCGUCUCUAAUUUCGGUAUUAAGAAGGAUGAAUGCGUCUUUAUUGUUUAUUGUUUUCGGUCGACACGCAUAGUAUUUCGGGUGUUUUUCGGUUGAUGUUUGUUAAAAUUUUCGCAUAAUUCGCAUUCCAGUCUAUCAUCAACGAGUUGUUAUUUGUUUUUUUUUGUUGUUGAUACGGAGCUGUUGGUAAAUGUUGAUGAAAUCCGAUUUAAACUAAUUCGAGUUAAUGUCGUCGAUGUGUUGUUGACAAUAAAUCAUUGAAAUAAAAUUACCCCACUAUAUGCAAA